AUGCCAGAAGCCUCAGCAGAAGCCCAAGCACAACCACUCCAACACGCGGCAUCACCCACAAGCCAAGCAGGGGAAAGACCGAUCGACUACGAACUCUUCGGCGACGGCGGCACGGGAGACGAGACGGGCGAAAGACACGUCCUCCCAGGCAGAAGCGAUUCGGCUCCCCUCAACAAAGGCAAACCAGCAUCCCGCCACAAACCCAGCGUCGGGGACACGAUUCUGGAAAAACUACACUUCCAACUCCCCCGUGAUCGACGAUGUUCGAUCCCAGAAGGGCACAUCAGUCCUCCGGUUCCGGGGAGUGGCAGGAGGGCUUCUACGGAUCACGCCUUUACGAUUGGUGGGGCGAAGGUGGAGACUUCUUCUUCUUCGUCGUCGAGUGGAAAGAGGGAGGAAGUGAUUGAGGAGGGCGAGGGCGAGGGCGAGGGCGAGGCGUCUGCGUCUCGGGCUGGAAUGACCAGCAGGGAUCUUGGAGCACAGGAUGGUUCUGAUACGUUGUAUCGAUGUCGGGAUUGGUAG